AUGUAUACUAAACACUUGGAACCUGGAUUCAAUACUAAGCUUCUGAAAUUAGCACAAUUAAAACAAAUCUUGAGAGAAAAUGGUGUAAAAUAUCCAGAAAAGGCUAAGAAGUCACAAUUAAUGAAGUUAUAUGAGACUGAAAUUACACCAAAGCUUCCAAAAUUGCGAACUGAACACCAGAAUCGUAAAAAAAAAGAAGCUGACUUGAAAAACCAACAACAAUUAAAGCAUGAUAAUAAUAAGUCUUUCCCUCAAACUCCUAAGCAUUCAACAGACAAAUCUUUUUAUAACCUUAUCACGGCUAGCAAGUAUACUAUGUUGGGUGAUAAUCCUGUUCGAACAAAUAGAUCUCCAUCCCCUUCUAGAGAUAAUUUAGGGUUAAAUACCCCUCUUGAUACAAAAAAUUCAUCUACUAUUAGGCAUGCACAUAAUAUCAACUCCAAUGCACUUGGUGACCCAAAACCAAAAGUCAGAUCAUUGAGAGAGAUUAGAAAAGCUGCUAAUAAGGGAACUAAAUCAUAUAAAGACUGUAAUAAAAAAAAGAGAGAUGAGAGCGUUUUAGAAGAGGAUGAUCUGGAUUUAAAACUGUCCGCCAACUCGAGCAACUCUGACACAUUUAAUAGACCACCAUUGAAGAAGCUAAAAACAGAGAACACUAAAAGUACUAAAUAUACAUCUCAGGUUUCAAUAGAAGCUGAAUUGGGAACAGCUGCUUUAGAUUUGAACAGGAAUAUAGAAGUUUCGUUUUCAAAAAAUUCAAACUAUAUUGUCCCUGAAGAGAAAGGUGAGACUAACUUUUCAUUAUCUGAUACACAAUUUAGCAAAGAAUCUUCUCCAAGUGUUAGAAUAUCUCUAAAUUCCAGUUUGUCAAACGAAAUAUCGUUGAAGCCGAAUAAAAAUCUCAUUAAAACAAAAGAUAAUACUAAUAAUAAUUUUAAACAUUUGUCUCCUGAUUUACAAAGUAUUUUAGAUACUUCAACUAAUCGAGGCUCAAUAGAUUAUAUGACAGAAUGUACACCUAAAAAUAAUAGUCCAGAGAAUGUUGAUCUUUUCAAUGAAAUUAUUAAUAGUGCCCAUUCAAUUGCUGAAGAUACAUAUGAAACAGAUAAAGAAAAUUUUAAUAAGAAUUCUAAAAAGCAAUUAUCAAUGAAACUUCUUGAUACUUACAUUGCAAAUAGUAAAAAUGCUAUAUUUUUAAAAAAAACUAACUUUUUAUAUCAGUUACUGAAGGGUAAAUUUUGUAAAAUCAUUUCUUAUCACUUCACAGCCAAUAUUAAAACCUAUUCAGAAUCAUUAAUUAAUCAUAUGAGAAAAAUCAUAAUAACCCUAAUUUAUUUUAUUUCCAAGACAUUCAUAUUUAUAAUUGAAUGCAUCUAUUUACUAUUUUUCUUAGCCUUAUAUGGUAUUUAUAAAUUAGGCUUUAUAUUGUAUCUGGCUGUUCUUUCCCUAAUGUCAAUUAUUCAUAAUUAUUAUAGAAUCCAUAAGAAGAAGUUACGCUGUUUUUUUAUCAAUACUGCAAAAGUAUCUUCAAUAUUGCUCCCUAUAUUGUUUUUAAUCUGGUACAGAGAACAAAAGUUAGCUACAGGUUAUUGUGGUUAUUCUUUAUCUCCACCAUCAAUUAUACAUUCAAAAUCAAAUGUUUUUUCUCAAAUGAUUUUUAAAUUUGAUGCAUGGCUAAAACAAAAAUUUAGCCCCAGUUGUGUAAGCUGUCCAAAAAAUGCUUUGUAUACUUUUAAUAUGAAUGCUAACUGUCAAAGCGGAUUUGAGUUUACAUAUUCUUUUUUCAAUUUUUAUGGAUUAAUCCCAAUGAGAAGACACUGUGAAAAGAUGAAAUUAGACACCAAAAAGUUGAACAAGAUACUAACAAAUAUAAUGGCUAUACUCACAAAAAAAAAUACAGAAGCUAUCUACUUUUUAAAUUCUAAUUAUGUAACAUUUUCAAAGGAUGACUUAUAUGAAUUUUUAUUGGGUAGGUAUUUUAAUGAUGGUAAAGAAGUCGAUAUAUAUUUUGAGACAGUAGUUAAAAGCCUAAAAAAUAAUCCGGAUAUCGUUUGGAAAGAGGUGGAAGAUCUCUCUGGUAGCAAGUAUGAUAAACAUAAUAAUGUUACGAUUUCAGCAGUGGAAGAAGUGUUCUAUUCUACAAAAACUAAUUUUCCAGGAUUUAACUAUUUAUUUAAAAAUAAACUAGCCCCUUUUCUCCUUAUGCUCAUACUCUCACCGCUUCUAUAUAUUAUUAUAACUAUUUUCCUCAUAACUCUUGUCAGUUAUAAAACGUAUCUAACAAGAAAAAAAGUUCAGCACAUUGUUCAAAGGGUUGUAAUUGAUUUAAAAUCUGCAAAAAGAUCUGAUAACUCCUUGGAUUAUAGGAAUACAACACAAAUUAAAGAAUUAAUUUUUGAAGAAGAAAAAGAUAUGAAAACUUUGAGAAAUUUGUGGAAACUCAUCAGAUUGGAGUUAUCCAAUUACUUAGAGGUUACAAAUUAUAUUAAAGAACAAGAUGGUGAGAUUAUUGAAUGCUGGGAAUGGGACUCUAAUGAACGUUACUAA